ACUGAUUGGGUCAUGCUGAAAACAUUCCUGUCCUAUGAAGCAAGUCUGUUUGUAUUUCAGGUUUGCCAGGACUAAUGAAUUAAAAAUCUUGGGCUCACCACAGUUUGCUGCUUAAUAAUGCCUGUGAGAGAAGGAUUUUUUCCUCCCUGGAGCGUGACAGCAUCAUAAUCCCUUGUCACUGGCAAGGAGAGGAAGGAAAAGCAUACUUGUGGAGAAAAGCGGAAAAGGGUGAUCUUUUGGGACAGCAAAGCCUAUGGGAAGUGCAGGUAGCAGCAUGUUGCCCUAACAGCUGUCUCAGCUUCUCAGACCUUGUCAGUUCGUUGCUAUGCAGCAGGUGCAGCCUUUUCUUUUAUUGAAGCUUUACUCCAUAAAGGCAACGACAAGCCAAGGCAGUGGCUGGCCCUGGAUUAUACAAGUGCAGACACUCCGCUAAGUGAGGGUUUCAUCUCAGUAAAACCACCCUUUGUAAUUGAUGGUCUCAGAAGAAAGACGGAGGACGGAAUAAGGUCCCGAUCCAGGAGCCAAACCCAUGCAGACAGACCCCUACACCUGCACAGACUUCCACUGAAAAAUCACCACCAAGCUGGAACAAACAAGUAAAAGCAUUGACUCAAGUGCCCACAUGAUCACUACCGCCAGGGUACCUGCUGAUAAGCAAGUACGAAUUGCCUUCAGCCUGAAUGAAUCCCCAGAUGAUGCUUCCCCUGAAAACUUGUCUUUGGCAUUUCCAGAACUAGAUCAGCAGCUGCAGCCUCUGCCUCCUUGUCACGAGUCUAAGGAAUCUAUGCAGGUGUAUAAACAGCACUGCAAAAUAGCAGAAGAGUACCAUGAAGUCAAGAAAGAAAUUGCUCUGCUGGAAGAAAGAAAAAAGGAGCUGAUUGCCAGGCUGGAACAAGUGGAAAAAGAAAGCAUGGAUGCUGCUCAGCUGGCUAAGGAAUAUGCAGAACUGACAGAGGAGAACCGAACACUGAAGCUGGCCCAGACGCAGUGCGUGGAGCAACUGGAAAAGCUCAGAAUACAGUAUCAAAAAAGACAGGGUUCCUCAUAACUCCCAACUAGCUUGUGUGAGGCAGUUCAUAAAUGACUGGUCCUGUGCUGGAAAGAGAUUUUAAAAUAAGGAUCUGUUUAAUAUGUUAUAAUACUUUACUACAGAUACGGAGUAUGUAGAAGUCUAUAUUUGAUUUAAUGCUUGCCAGCCAGUAACUUAAUAUAAUGGAUAUUUUAUCCAUUAUAUAAUGGAUAUUUUAUUUCAAGUAACAUAAUUGAAGUUAAUCUGUCCCCAUUAUAUGUUCUAGUAGAUCAGGUUUCUUUUCUAAACAUAUUUCUUCCAAUUUAAGAAGAUAUGGACACACUAGAAAAUGGUAUAAAUAGUUCCUGUGUUGGAAAUUUGGAUCAUACUAAGGCAUACAGCAGGGGCAAUGUUAGUAUAUGGAAUACAUGUAUGUUAAAUUUAGUUUGGUGAAGAUUUUUUUUGAAUUAUUUUCCUCAUGCCUGAAGUGUUUGGAAGUUAUCUUAAAACAGAUCUCCUCAUUGGUAAAAACUGUACUUCAUUAUCCCAUGUCAACUUCACAUUGUUAUAUAAAAUCUGAGAAAUUGCACAUUAAAAAUUGAAGUAAUAUAAUUUUUUUUCAAAUGAGUGCACUGACAGUAAUAAUUAGCAAGUUAUGAAAAUAAAAGGAAACAGUUGAGAUCAAAAUUUCCUUCCUCAAGUGUAAAGAUUUGAGAGUCUUUUGGCUCUUGUACUUUUUGGCAUGCAAGAAAUGAAAAAUUAAUGUAAGAAUCAUAGUUUCAUCAUAGUUUCAACUGAGAAUAUGUCAGUAAAAGUGCUGUGAGGAUAUUUUGUUCCUAUUUUCUGGUCUGUUUUGAAACAUAAGUGGCUCUAAGUGGGGACAGGAUGUACAAAUAACCGAGAAUAUACAAAUAAUGGGGAUAUACAAAUAACCAGGAAGUAAAAUGUCAGUUUUACUUGCUCUUUUUAUCCCUGUGUUUUCCUAGUUCAACUGGAAAUUCUUUGUUAUACUUCUAUUUCUAUUCAUUAUUCGUUUUUUCAUUAAAAG